AUGGAGAGCAGGGAAACGCAGGAGGUCAGAGAUAAGGAACUAGCAGGUAGCCCUCUGAUAAACCUUUCGGGUCACUUCGUCGGCUCUUCUUACAGGAAUGGCUGACUACGUCGGUUUGCUGCAAAGCAACUCUCACAAAGGGAGCGUUGAGCCGCGAGAAAUCGUUCCGAAUGGGUUGGUUUAUCUUUGUUCUUUUUUUGCGCUUUUCGCCUUUUCUAUGCUUAACACUUUUGUGUACGUCAGGUGCAAUCUUUACUGGUCCUCCAUCAAUGUCAAUGGUCCUGAGAGUCGCUCGAGCAGCUUUUUUGACAAAUACCUUUCUCGGAAGCCCAAGAAACUCAAAGAGAUACUUCACAAUGGUAUGAGCCCAUAUAGAAAAAAAAAGUGGAGAAACAGUAGUAGGAAAAUUGGUUGAGGAAUCGGGAAGCCUGAAAAUUUUCUGAGAUUAUUAUAUAUAUACAUUUUUUUAUAUAUAUAUAUAUAAGUUUAAAAGUCGUUCAAACAGUUUAACAAAGCCGAGACAAACUUGAAAAAAAGGAUUUCAAGAACUUUAAAAGUAUAACAGUUAGACUCACAUUUUCAGUGAGUGGAAUGGCAGAAGCCGGAAAACUACUUGCUAUCAUGGGGAGCAGGUAAGAUUAUUUUAAGAUCAUUUUUUGAUCUUAAUUUUUGAAGUGGAGCAGGAAAAACGACGCUUUUGAAUGUUCUGACCUCUCGAAACUUGGCAAACCUGGAAAUUCAAGGUAGUAUCAUGGUCGAUGGCCACCGGGCCAGUAAAUGGCAAGUUAGAGAGGUAAUAAUUCUCUUCAUUUUUUUUUCAAAAUAAAUCAAUGGUAAAAAAGAGAUUACUUAUUUCGGCGUUUUUGGAAUGCAAAAAUUGUUUUUUCAUCUUCCUAUAUGUGAAAAUCUUUGUAUUUGAUAAUUCCUAGCAGAGCCAACGUUCUCAUUUGACGAAGAUUAGUUAUCCCUGGUCUCACUGCGAAAAACUUGCCGAACAUAUUUUCUUUAUGCUUCUUUUUUAUUCUCAAAACUUCUUCCCAUGAUACUUUAAGUUCGAAUAGUUUUAUUUAAAAAAAACUUCAAUAAAUCAACUCGCUGCAGAUAUCCGCGUUCGUUCAGCAAGACGACAUGUUUGUUGGGACUAUGACGCCUAGAGAACAUCUUCGGUUCAUGGUGAGGAUUGGCGGAUUCUUUCGAAACUCGGGAGACUUCCAGGCUCGGCUGCGGAUGGGCGGACGGUUCACGCGACACGAAAGAGAGCUUCGUGUGGAAGAUACCAUCACUCAGAUGGGUCUCAGAAACUGCGCCUCUACGCUGAUCGGCGUGCCCAACUCCGUCAAAGGGCUUUCCUGUGGUGAGAAGAAGCGACUUGCGUUCGCCUCCGAGGUUUUUCUUUUUGCAAAAAAUAUGAUACCAGCAGUAAAUCGAAUUGAAGGUGUUCAUACUGCUCCUUUUUGCUGUUUUUAUCUUAUUUCAUCUCCCUUUUUUGCAUUCGAACCAUUUUUCACAGAUCCUAACGUGUCCACGGAUUUUGUUUUGCGACGAGCCGACUUCCGGCCUGGACGCUUUCAUGGCUGGUUUGUCUCUAAAAGUUCUCAAUUUCAUUUGGCGACAGGUCACGUAGUUCAAGCCCUUCGAAGACUUGCUGACGGCGGAAUGACAGUUGUUAUAACGAUCCACCAGCCGAGUAGCCAAGUCUACCAACUUUUCAACAAGUGAGCCUCGAAGAGACAAAGAAGCUUAUUGUAUUCCAGCGUGUGCUUCAUGGCUUGCGGAAGGAUCAUAUACCUAGGUCCCGGAGGCGAUGCAGCGCCGCUUUUCGCCAGGUUAGCAGUAUUAUAUGGAAAAAACUAUUGAAAAUGAUUUGAGGUGUGGUUUCCCCUGUCCUCCAUACUUCAAUCCGGCAGACCAUUUGAUCCGCACUCUGGCUGUGAUCGACAAGGACAGAACGACUUCGCUCAAGACCAUCGCAGUAGGAAAUUUAUUCUCGUUCUCCUUUUUCACACGUUUUCUCAGAAAAUUCGAGACGGCUUUUUAAAAUCUGAAAACGGUAAAGCAAUUCUUGAGGCCGUCAAAGCUAACAAGGCAAGAUUUUCUUCUUCUUUUCCAGAUUUAAUAGGCUAACUUCAGAUUGAAUCCACAAAAACGGAUCGCAGGGACUCGAUCAAGUCAAAAACAUUCUUCAGUCAAGAGUUUUUUUUCGUACUUACCUCAUGUUAUUGAGACCAGUUUCUACAGCUACGUCGCUUCUUUUUGGGAUCAAUUCGCGGCUCUUUCGUGGAGAUCGUGGCUGGCGGUCGUGCGGGAUCCUAUCCUGCUCAGAGUACGGCUGUUUCAAAUCAUCGUAUGUUUCCAGUGUUUUUCUUAGGAACUUCAGACUUUUUGACCGAAUACAAGUCUUACAAAACUUCUGCAGAUCACGUCUUUGAUUACGGGGCUCGUCUACUUUCAGACACCAAUCACGCCAGCAACCAUAAUAUCUAUAAAUGGCAUAAUGUUCAAUCACAUUCGAAAUAUCAACUUCAUGCUUCAAUUCCCCAACGUUCCGGUUUGGCUGCAAGUUUCCAGCGGCUGCAAGGCAAGAAACUUCUGCAGGUCAUCACCGCCGAGCUACCGAUCGUCUUGCGGGAAAAUGCCAACGGCGUCUAUCGGACCAGCGCCUACUUUCUCGCGAAGAAUUUGGCCGAAGUUUUCAACUGAAACCAUACUUAGACCAACAAUGUUAUUUCAAGCUGCCUCAGUACAUUGUUUUGCCGAUCGUUUACAAUUCCAUAGUUUACUUCAUGGCAGGUGAGUGUGAAAAGCGCAGAGAUAAAGAUUCCUCCUCUCCAGGACUCUAUCCCAACGUCUACAACUUCGUCUUCGCUUCGCUCGUUUCUGUCCUCAUCACGAACGUCGCCAUCUCGAUCUGUGGGUCUGACUUCUUCUGCCGACCGAGCAUUGAGUUGCAGCCUACGCCGUGGCGACCGUUUUCGGCGACACUGCAGUUGCCAUGACCGUGCUUCCCAUCUUCGUCAUCCCCAUCAUGGCGUUCGGCGGCUUCUUCAUCUCUUUCGACUCCAUCCCUCCUUACUUCACCUGGCUAUCCUCGCUUUCCUACUUCAAGUUAGUCCUACAAACGUUUUUUUAACUUUCAAUAAAAUAGAACUUCAAAUGAAGGUAUGGUUACGAGGCGCUGGCGGUUAAUGAAUGGGAGUCGAUUUCAGUAAUUGCUGGUGGGAAGAAAAGUUUUUAAGUAUCCUGAUUAUGGAUAUUUCCAGAAUGUCUGAACCAAACAGCGGCGUUCGGUCUUAGUUCUUGUCCCCGAACUGGUCACGAAGUAUUACACUCGGUAAGCUCCUCAUUUAUAUUUUUCCACUUCGAUUUUCUGAUCUCAGAUCGACUUCUCGGCGAAUAACAAGUGGCCGGACGUGGGAAUUUUAGCGCUGAUGAUAUUUUCGGUGCGACUUAUUGCCUAUCUUGCCCUGCUCAUACGCAGUUACAACAACAAAUAA